ACAAGGAAACGCCGACAACACCAAAACGCAAAAGUUCCCCCAGCCUUUCCCACGGCUCAGUCACGCGCACCAAAUAGGCAAAUCCCCACCCCCAACAAAAAUUGUUACCCCCAAAACCAUCUCUUCUGUCUCUCUCUCGCGCCUCUUCUCUCUACCACCGUCUCGAUUAUCUCCACUUCCAACAAAAUAACAAAAGGCUCUUUUUCACUCUCUUAUUUUCUCCAUCUCUCUCGAUGCUCUAGCCACCUUCCGUCGCCGGAACUCCCCAGGGCGCGUCGCCGCCGCCGGCGAUAUCUCUGGCACCAAACUUCCUAAUCUCUCUUUAGGGUUUGUUUUACUUUGGAUGGGAUUCUGGAAUUAUCUUUGAAUUUGGAUUUAAUUACGCUAUAAAAAGGAAUAACAACGACGACGAAAACGACGGCGUCGAACGAUCUGUUAGGGUUUUAGUCUUGAUGGCCGGGAGUCGUAGAAGGGGAGGGAAUAAAGCAAAGGUUAAGAAUUUAAGUCUGGGCGAUCUUGUUCUUGCCAAAGUCAAGGGAUUCCCUCCUUGGCCUGCCAAGAUUAGCCGGCCUGAAGAUUGGGAGCGAGAACCUGACCCUAAGAAAUAUUUUGUCCAAUUCUUUGGAACACAAGAAAUAGCUUUUGUUGCUCCUGGUGAUAUUCAGGCAUUUACUAGUGAGACGAAGAGUAAACUGUCUGCGAAGUGUCAGGUUAGAACUAAGCACUUUGUCCAAGCUGUGAAGGAAAUUUGUGUGGCGUUUGAUGAAUUACACGAAGAGAAGUCCAGUGGUUUGAGAGAUGAAACUGAUAGAUCAACACCGGGCUGUGAGGCUUCAUCUGUUGAUGGGACUGAGGAUGAUGGGGCAGAGGUUGACUUAAAGAAUGGAACAGGUGCAGCUGCACCUGGCAGAGAAACCACUAGCGAGGGAAAAGGUGAUCUUGCAUCUAAUUUGGGCCACUGUUCAUGCAGAGGUGAAAUUAAUAGUGAAGAUAUAAAGCCCUCAAUUUCGGGUCAUGCGGAUGAUUGCUCUUCUCUGAUCAUGUCUUCUGAAGUGAAACAUAAAAUAUCAAAUGGUGAACAACCUAAAACAGAGGUGUUAUUUCCAUCAUCUUUAGAUGAGCCUUCUCAUAUAAAGGAGGAAUUUUCUGGUGAUAAAAUUGCAACUGCCAAUUGUACUAAGAAAACAGUGAGGGAAGAUCAGAAGUCAAAGAAGAUGGCUUCUGGGCUUAAGAAAAGAACUGAGGUUUUUGUUGAAGGACACAAAAGCAGCGGCUCUGCUGCAACAUUUUUUAAGGAUGAUAAAUCUGGUGGUUCUCUUGAUCGGCAUGAUUCCGAGGAGCAACAGAAAGAUAGAUUAAAAGGCAAAGUCUCUGGCAGCAGUAUAAGAAAAUUCUCACCAGAUGCUCUCAAAUUAGAUUCUAAUUAUACUGGUGGUAAAAAAGCAAAGGAAUUGCUGAAAACCAAAAGCAAUUUCAAGGCCACUGGUGAUGUACAGGAUGCUGUCACCAAUUCCAAAGGUGAGACUACUGGAAAAAAGAAAAGGGGUGAACCUGGAAUUGGAAAGUCUAAACUGGGAACAGAUGAAAUUUUACAUCCUGCCAAAAAGUCAAAGUUUGUAGAUAUGAAAAAUGAUGCUUCCAAGGGAUCACUUGCCAAAAAUGUGAAAAGUAAUUCUCCAAGUUCUAACAAUGUCAACGAUAAAGCUGCUAAACAAUCAGAGUUAAAAAAAUCCGCAUCUCAUGUUUUAGCAUUGAGAGCCCCAACGGCCAUUAGUUCUGAUGUUUCUGGUGAUGAAGCUGUGCUGCCUUUAUCAAAACGCCGUCGGCGGGCUCUGGAGGCUAUGUCUGAUUCUGCCUCUAUUAAUUCUACUGAUAGAAUUGGGAAAAAUCCUGUUGAAUUAAAGAAUGAAACUUCAAGUUCUAAUAAUAUGAGAGUUCCAGCUACCCAAUUGUCCAAAAGGCGGAGAGCUGUUUGCCUUUUUGAUGAUGAUGAAGAAGAAGAUCCCAAAACUCCAGUUCAUGGAGGAUCUGCCAGGAAUGUUAAGGUAACUUCAGUUGUUUCUGAUACUUCAAAGAGCAUUGAUGAAAAUCAUGUGAGUGCUCUCACUGCUCAACGUAGUGUUGGAGAUUCCACCCGAUUUGAGAAUAGUGGUCCCAAGGAGGUUUCUCCACAACUGGCAAAUGAUUUUGUGUCACCUGUUCGACCACAAACUGUUGAAAGAUCCGAACCAGAGCAGCUGUCUUCCAAGGAGGCUAAACCUGUUUUGAUUUCCCCAAGGAAGUCUCCUCAUCUGGUUUCUGCCACCAAAUCGGUUGUUGAACAGCAGAGAACUAUUAAAGCUACUGUUAAGGUUUCCAGCAAUGGAACCCAGAAAAAGGCUCUGUCUGGCUCUGUUAAGGGAUUGGGUGUAGUUACUGAUGGUUCAAAGUCUUCUCAAAAUCAGGCUUUGAGUCAAAGAAAUAGGCAAGCUUCUUCUGUAGAAAGGCUGAAAUCUACGCCAAAAGCAAUUUCACGUGCAAAUGACACCACUUUUGUUCCUGAAAGUUCAAUGGACUUGGAUGUCAUUAGAGAAGAUAGAAGCAGUUCAUUGAUUGAUUCCAAAACUCCGGAUUCUGCUAUGUCUAUGAAACAUCUUAUAGCAGCAGCUCAGGCAAAAAGGAGACAGGCUCACUCUCAGCAAUAUUCUCUUGGAAAUCCCAGUUCUGUUUUUGUGUCGAUCUCUGAUGUUCAGGGGGCAAGCCCCAGUCCUGCAGUUCAGCCUUUUCCAUCUGCAAUCAACAAUGUAAUGCAGGCUGACGUCCAGGGAUUUGCUCAUCGCACAAAUCUUGUUUCUCCAACUCUUGGUCGUCAGUCAGCUCAAAAUCAACAGGAUGCUGAAGAUAUCGAAGAGGGAAGAGCCAGUUCAGGACACAUGGCAGCUGGAGGGUCUCUCAGUGGUGGUACUGAGGCAGCUGUUGCACGAGAUGCUUUUGAAGGAAUGAUAGAGACUUUAUCAAGGACCAAAGAAAGUAUUGGACGUGCAACUCGCCUUGCUAUUGAUUGUGCCAAGUAUGGCAUUGCAAAUGAAGUUGUUGAACUUCUCAUUCGGAAGUUGGAAAGUGAGCCUAGUUUUCAUCGUAAAGUUGACCUGUUCUUUCUUGUUGAUUCAAUCACCCAAUGUUCGCAUAAUCAGAAAGGCAUUGCUGGUGCGUCAUAUAUCCCUACAGUUCAAACAGCAUUGCCCCGUCUCCUUGGUGCAGCUGCUCCACCUGGAGCAAGUGCCCGUGAAAAUCGUCGUCAGUGUCUCAAGGUUUUACGGUUGUGGCUUGAGAGGAAAAUUUUACCUGAAUCUAUUCUACGGCGUUAUAUGGACGACAUUGGAGUUUCAAAUGAUGAUACAAUUUCAGGAUUUUCCCUAAGGCGUCCAUCGCGAGCUGAGCGUGCUAUAGAUGAUCCUAUAAGAGAAAUGGAAGGGAUGCUUGUUGAUGAGUAUGGCAGCAAUGCUACGUUUCAGUUGCCUGGCUUUUUGACUUCUAAUGCAUUUGAAGAUGAAGAGGAAGAAGAUCUUUCAAGUAGUCCUUGCAGAGAAGCUGCUGAUGCAUCACCACUAGAACAAGCUCAUGCUUUAGGAGAGUCAGAAACAUGUACAGUUACUCCAAGUGACAGGCGUCAUUGCAUCUUAGAAGAUGUGGAUGGUGAGCUCGAAAUGGAAGAUGUUUCUGGACACCCAAAGGAUGACAGACCAUCAUUUACAAAUGAUAGUCUUGAAACAGACUUGCAGCACAGCAGUGAUAGGAUUAUGGAACCGGUUACAAAUAGCUCCAAUGAAUUCCCUCCUCUACCAGAGGGUUCCCCACCAUUGCCUCCAGAUUCUCCUCCUCCACCACCACCUUUGCCACCUUCACCACCCCCACCACCCCCACCUCCACCUCCAUCAUCUCCAUCACCACCCCCACCUCCUCCACCUCUACCAACACAACCACCUCCUCCCCCUGUGCCACCUUCAUGCCCUCCCCCAGCCUUUAUCCCUCAGCCACCACCACCAGUGCCAACUCAACCUUCACUGCUAUCUCAACCCAUGCUACCACCCCAGUCAUCAAUACAGUCUUCACCACAGCUGGCAUAUCAACCACCUGUACCUCAUGAAUUCCGAGGCACACCAAAUGGUAAUCAGAUAGUUCAAAUGGCUGGAAAUACUUCUCAUGGGGGCCAUAUUGAUGCUGCUAUGAAAAGUGAAUUGUUUCCGCAGCAAUCACCUUGCUUUCCAACGGGAGUCUGCAAUUCUAGAGAGCCUUCUGGAUAUAAUUCAUCAAGGCAAUUGGAAUAUGGACAUAAUGAAAUGUACUUAAAUGCCCAAUCUUCUCAACCAAGCCAGCAGUUUCAGCCUGGUAAUACAGGCUUUGUGCAAAGACCGUUACACCCUAGUCUGCCACAAACCUCAUCUAGCCAUUUCUCAUUUACAAAGCCUGCCAUGCCACCACAUCCUCAGCAUUCAUAUCCUCCGCAAUACCCACUGCCAUCACAACAUGAUGGCCGGAGGCCAUUCCUUGCUGAUGAACAGUGGAGAAUGCCCGCAGGAGAAUAUAACACUGAUAAUCAGCGUGGUGGGUGGAUAGCGGGAAGAAAUCCAUCACCUGCUGGUCCAUUGUUUGUCCAGGAAGGUUACUUUAGACCACCUGUUGAAAGACCACCCUCGAAUAAUAUGGGUUUUCCAAUUACUUCCACCAAUAAUUUACCAGCUGGAGCUCCAAAUUCAGGUCAUGGUGUUUCGCAAAUGUUGCCAUGUCGACCAGACUCAUCUGCCAUUAAUUGUUGGAGGCCAGCUUGAGAAUAAGGAAUCAGUCUCAUUAGUUGGCUGUGAGACAAGGUGCAUUGAAGGGUGAUUCAAUUUCUGGACAAGAUACAACUACCACAUGAGGGCAGUGUUGAUAACUUGUGGAGACUCUUGGCAGGAUUGUGUAUAUUGUAAUUUUUCCUGACAAAUGUAUCCCCGGGAACAUUUGCUUCUGAGUGUAGGCCAUAUUUCUGACUUGGUUUUGGCAAAUCAUUAACCUGAAAUGUCUCUAUUUAUGGUGUUGCAACUUGGAUAUCCACCAAUAUUCACAGGUCCUUAGCAGAGCAAACUACUACAAAGUGUUGAGGUAAAUAUUUGACAUGGAUUCUUGAGCCAAGGCAAUGCUUGGAAUUUUUUAAAUUAGUUAGAUAGGAAUAGUUCUCACAAGGGUGUCUCUGUCAAAUUGUAGGUAGUUACGAAAUACUUCAACAAAAUUUUGUUAAAAAUUCCCUGUUUAUAAGGUAUCAUGUACUAUUCUGUAUAUUACACAUAAAAUGUUGCAUACUACCGUGAGUUUUGUUUUUCUUAUAUUCAUUUUUUUUUCUAGUCAACUGAUUAAAUUCCUGAAGUCAUGCUGGUAUUAAUUCUAUUCGCAUUCUGAGGUAGCUUAUUGUACGCUGCUAC